AUUUUUUUUGUUAUUUCUUCUCUUUACACUCAAGUUUCUUCCUCUCCAAGUUUCUUCUUCAAAUCCUUUUUCUAAAAUUCUCCCAUGGAAACAGAGGAUUCUCUUAGGGAUCAACUGCGUCAGCUUAAGGAGUCUGGAGCUUGUUAUGUCCAAUUGAGGAGAAGUGAUCAAGGAUUGCUAUCCUGGAGGUGCCUGCCCUGCAUUGAAACUUUUACAAAUGUUACCGAUUUCGAACACCAUUUGAAUUCUGAUGUUCAUAUAAAUCUUCAAAAUUUUGCUUGUAAUACCCUUCUAAAAGCAAACAGAUGGCCAUUUUAUGAUAGCUUGAUAUUUGGGUUAGGAAUUUCUAAUGACCUUGAGGUUAAGAAUGUGUUGUGCUAUGGAGAUAUGGGAGAUAUGAAGCUGGAUUUCAUUGGUAAUUCUCUAAUUUUUCGGAAGUUCAGUGGAGAUGAAAGUGGUAUUCAUAAGAUGUGGGCUGAAUGGAGGGAUAAAUCUUAUCCAACUAUGCAGGAUGUUCCCCUGCAUGACCUUUCACUUAUUAAUUUCAAAUGUAAUUUGACUCUGGGAAUGCCAGCGUCAACUUUUAAGGAACUGCAACAGAUAUCUCUAUAUGAUCUGUAUCAUCGGAGUUGUAAGUUGUGUGAUUGUCCUAUUCCUCCAGGUUGUGAUGUUUCUACCAUCCUCAACAAUGGAUCAUCUAUGUUAUCUUGUAGUUAUCAUAAUACUAAAGGGAUGUAUCACCUUUUUCAUACUUCCUGUCUUCUUAAUUGGAUGUUGAUGAUGGAGGAGUUGUCUCAAGGUGGACCAAUAAUUCAACAACGACGAAAACAAAAAAUCAGCCCUAAACAUCUAGCCAAGUUUCAGGACUAUCAUUUUUGUCCCGAGUGUUGCUGCACGGAUGACGAUGAGAACUUUGUUCUAUGGGUUUUCCGUCUCAGAGAUUUAAUUGUUGAAGGUCGCAUGAAGUGGAGGACUUGUUAUGAGCAUCUGGAGAAUAGCUCUAUUGGACUGAGUUUCCGUUCUGUUGGCGAUCAAUCACCUGCUCCAGCACAGGGGAAUGCUCCAGUGAAACUAUUGAGGAUUUAUCAAGGUCAUGCAUAAGUCACUGG